GAGUUUGUACACCACCCCGCCGCGUGGUAUUAGGUCGCUGCGUUUGGACUGUUGCGUGAGCUAUAUCCCCCCCUUCCCCCAAAUCGUCAAACCAAGUUUGGUGGUGGGCGUGGGCUGCAGCGGCUGUGUGUCGGGCGGAAGCAGGGGCAGCGCGACGUUGAGGCGAUGCGAGGCGGCGGCGGGAGCGGCAGCGGCGCGACGCCGAACCGCCCGCGAUGGGGCUCGGGCGCCACCACGCCGCGCUCGCUCAGCACCGGCUCGUCCCCGCGCGGGUCGGACAGGAGCUCCGACGACGGAGAGGAGCUGGUCGAGGUCACGCUCGACCUACAGGAGGACGACACCAUUGUGCUGCGCAGCGUCGAGCCGGCUGCUGCGGCUGCGGCUGCGGCCGCUGCCGUCGCGUCGGCCUCGGCCUCGGCAGCGUCGUCGUCGGGCCCGUCGCCGUGCUCAGCGGCGCCGCCUAGGUGGGGCGCUGAGCCAGCGCCCUACCCGGUCGGCGGGAUGUCCGCCGCGUCCUCGCGCUCGCGCUCCCCCGCGAUCCGGCGGACGUCCUCGCACCGGCUGCUGCAGUUCUCGCAGGAGCUCAAGGCGGAGGCCAUGGCCCGCGCGAAGCAGUUCUCGCAGGACCUCACCAAGCGGUUCACGCGCACCCAGAGCCGCGCGAAUCUCGUCGGCGGCGCCGGGGGCGAGCUCUCCGCCUCCGCGUCCGCGUCCGCCGCGCCCGGUGCGCCGCCGGGCAUCGAGUCCGCCCUCGCGGCCCGCGCCGCGCGCCGGCAGCGCGCGCAGCUCGACCGCACCAAGUCCGGCGCGCAGCGGGCGAUCCGCGGCCUGCGCUUCAUCAGCGGCAACAACAGCAAGGCCAGCAACGCCUGGAUCGAGGUCCAGCGCGACUUCGACCGCCUCGCUCCCGACGGCUUCCUCUCCCGCGCCGACUUCCCGCAAUGCAUAGGGAUGAUGGAGUCCAAGGAGUUCGCCAUGGAGCUGUUCGAUACGCUGAGCCGGCGCCGGCAGAUGCAGAUGGACCACAUCACCAUGGACGAGCUGCGCGAGAUCUGGCAGCAGAUCACCGACAACAGCUUUGACUCGCGCCUCCAGAUCUUCUUCGACAUGGUGGAUAAGGACGCAGACGGCCAUAUCACGGAGGCCGAAGUGAAAGAGAUCAUCAUGUUAAGUGCGUCUGCUAAUAAACUGUCAAGGCUUAAGGAGCAAGCAGAGGAAUACGCGGCCUUGAUCAUGGAGGAACUUGAUCCUGAAGGCCUUGGCUACAUUGAGCUCUGGCAGUUGGAGACGUUGCUAUUGCAGAAGGAUACCUAUGUGAACUAUAGCCAGGCCUUGAGCUACACAAGCCAGGCACUGAGCCAGAACCUUGCUGGCCUAAGGAAAAGGAGCCCGAUCAGGAAAAUGAGCAGCAAGUUAAGCUACUAUUUGGAAGACAACUGGAAACGCCUCUGGGUACUUGCGUUGUGGAUUGCGAUAAUGGCUGGACUGUUCAUUUGGAAAUUUAUCCAGUACCGGAACCGUUACGUCUUUACUGUGAUGGGCUACUGUGUAACAAUUGCAAAGGGGGCUGCUGAGACGCUUAAGCUGAACAUGGCACUUAUCCUCUUACCUGUAUGCCGCAACACCAUCACUUGGUUGCGGAAUACAAGAGCUGCACGGGCAUUGCCGUUCGAUGACAACAUCAACUUUCAUAAGACUAUUGCGGCGGCAAUUGUGGUUGGCGUUAUCCUUCAUGCAGGAAACCACCUUGUGUGUGAUUUUCCACGGCUGAUAAAUACGUCAGAGGAGACGUACGCUCCACUGCGGCAGUACUUUGGGGAUACUAAGCCAACUUAUUUGUCAUUAGUCAAAGGAGUGGAGGGCGUAACUGGGGUCAUUAUGGUUGUCUGCAUGCUCAUCGCUUUUACUCUAGCAACCAGGUGGUUCCGCCGUAGCCUGGUGAAGCUUCCAAAGCCAUUUGACAAGCUAACUGGCUUCAAUGCAUUCUGGUACUCUCAUCAUCUGUUCAUCAUUGUAUACAUAUCACUUGUUAUUCAUGGAGAGCGUCUAUACCUUAUCCUCGAUUGGUACAAAAGAACGACAUGGAUGUAUCUUGCAGUUCCUGUUGGUUUAUAUGUAGGGGAGAGGACUCUGAGGUUCUUCAGGUCUGGCAGUUAUUCUGUCCGGCUAUUGAAGGUUGCCAUAUAUCCUGGAAAUGUUUUGACAUUGCAAAUGUCCAAGCCUCCGAAUUUCCGGUAUAAGAGUGGACAGUAUAUGUUUGUUCAGUGCCCAGCUGUUUCACCAUUUGAAUGGCAUCCCUUCUCAAUAACUUCAGCACCUGGGGAUGACUACCUCAGCAUCCAUGUUCGACAACUUGGUGACUGGACACGAGAGCUCAAGCGGGUAUUCUCUGCAGCUUGUGAGCCACCUAUGAGUGGGAAAAGUGGCCUCCUUAGAGCAGAUGAGACAACUAAGAAAACCUUACCGAAACUUUUGAUUGAUGGACCGUAUGGUUCCCCUGCACAAGACUACAGCAAGUAUGAUGUUUUGCUACUUGUUGGAUUAGGAAUUGGUGCAACUCCUUUUAUCAGUAUAUUGAAAGAUCUGAUAAACAACAUCAUCAAAAUGGAGGAAGAGGAAGAAGCUUCAACUGAUCUUUAUCCUCCCAUUGGCCGCAAUAAGGCACAUGUUGAUCUUGACACUCUUAUGAGGAUUACCUCGAAACCAAAGAGGGUGUUAAAGACAACAAAUGCUUACUUUUAUUGGGUGACACGUGAACAAGGCUCUUUUGAUUGGUUUAAAGGAGUCAUGAAUGAGAUUGCUGAACUAGAUCAAAGGAAUAUCAUUGAGAUGCACAACUAUCUCACGAGUGUUUAUGAAGAAGGAGAUGCUCGGUCAGCACUCAUCACUAUGCUACAAGCUCUCAACCAUGCUAAGAAUGGUGUUGAUAUAGUCUCUGGAACUCGAGUCCGGACACAUUUUGCAAGGCCAAAUUUUAAGAGGGUCCUAUCUAAGGUAGCAUCCAAACAUCCUUACGCUAAGAUAGGUGUAUUCUAUUGUGGAGCCCCAGUUCUGGCGCAGGAACUAAGCAAACUUUGUCACGACUUCAAUGGAAAAUGCACAACAAAAUUUGAGUUCCACAAGGAGCAUUUCUGAAACCAGGUAAAUUGAACAAUAGGAACAUGACACAGAUUGUGCCGUACAUGCGUCAUUUUGCUUUUUGUGUGAUCCCUUGUUCACACGUGAUUCAAGAUAGCAAGGGAGAGAAGCAUCUAGUGCUCUCACAGUGCGUCUAUCGCCAGUAGCUUGAGAUACUCAAAUACAGUAAGAGCACCAAGAAAGGGAUUUGGAGAUCAACCGGCUGGAUAGUACAUACAUAAGACAUCAAUCAUGGAUUCAGAAGUACAUAUUCAUAUUUUGGUUGUGCUGGACGGGGGGAUUCCCUGUAUAAGAUCUCGCAUAUGUGGAUUCCCGGCAAAGAUGUUGAUCUCCUGAAAUGUUUUCCGACUAUGCUUGGUGAUACAAGACACAGGGAAGGCCACUGUGCGCACAAGGCUAAAUAACUGUAUAUUUGCGGGAAGGCCACAAGUUUGUUCUAACUUUGUAAUUAUACACAGAGAUGGAAAAACAGACAGGCAGUACAGUUUGAUAUAUUUUUUUGUAAUUAGUGUAGGUUUCUAGUGAUCGGGUCCAGAUUGGGGACUCUAGUUACAUUGAAGCAUGAAUCGCUGUUGUGCCAAGAGAGAAAAAAUAUAUAUUCUUUUUUAGGGGAUGAUGAUGUAAUUCUUGUUGCAGCGAGGCCCUUGUUCUUAAUUUGAUCUGUUGUUUCUAGUUUGUACAUGUCGAAUCCUCUAAAUUGAACUGCUGUUUUGUA